AUGGCUUCUCAUUCUGGUCUACUCAACCACCGAAAUCUCCCUCUCCGUCUCUCCCGGAUGAACCACCUCUCUCCCUCUUCACAUUUCGAUUGCGCUACUCUCAAGUUACGCCCAUUAACUAUUCAUCAAUACAGGCUAUGUGUUCGACGUAAUGCCAUUUCUGCUAAAGCUUUAGACGAGGAUUCCUUUGACUUUCCGAUACUUGAUGAUUGGGGUCCUGAAGGUAGUCCUUCGUAUGUGCUCUCAUCGAGUGACGACGAAGACUUUGAUGAUGAAGUCUUUCUUAUCCCAGUGAAUGAUGUUGAUUUGCCUUCUGCUUCUGCUUCAAACAAUGAUGCUUUAACAGUGGCUGCUCAUCGGCUUUCAACCAUUGGGAGGGGACACAAGAAACAUAGGGUCAAGCGUGGCCUUUUCAUCACUAUGGGGCUUAUAAUCGUCUUGACAGUACUGCUUUUAUAUGUUGAUUGGUGUGUGUGGAAAAUUGUUAAACUGCCGUUAGCACCUUUUUACUUGACCCGCCCGUUUCUCAUAUCAGCCGUUUUGGUUUCUUUUGCUGGCUAUGUUUGUGUCCCAAUUUUUCAUCAUUUGAAAGCUAUCCAUGUUAUCAAGCUACAAGGGCCUCUUAGACAGCACUUGAAAAAGAGGACACCUACAUUGGGUGGUUUACUUUUUGUACCUAUUGGUGUAAUUGUCGCUCAUUUUAUAGCUGAUUCCUCAUCUAUAGAAGUGUCCGGGGUAUGUGGUGUAACAAUUGCAUUUGCAGCAGUCGGUUUACUCAGUGACAUAUUAAACCUCACCAAGAAUCAUUGGAGAGGCUUACCAGCAUUGGCAGAAGUUUGCUUGGAGGUAGCUGUCGGAACGUGCUUUUCGUUUUGGUUGAACAUCACCAGUAUAUCUUCACCCUAUGGCAUGAAGACAUUGCUUCCCCUACCAGUAGGCCUUGUGUAUUUGGGGCGAUAUUACCAUCUCUUGACCUCGUAUUGUUUUGUUUCCAUGGGCCAUGGUGUUAAAUUAGCAGAUGCUCUUGAUGGACUUGCUGGAGGCACUGCUGCAUUGGCUUUUAUUGGAAUGUCAAUAGCUGUGCUUCCGAUAUGUUCAGAGCUUGCUAUUUUUGGAGCUUCAAUGGCUGGAUCUUGUGUUGGAUUUCUUCUAUACAACAGAUACAAAGCAUCUGUUUAUAUGGGUAAUACAGGAUCUUUGGCCCUUGGUGGUGCAUUAACUGCAAUGGCUGCAUGUACUGGAAUGUUCUUCCCACUUUUAAUUUCUUCUGGAAUUUUCAUAGUCGAGUCAUCGUCAGUUAUUCUUCAGGUAUUGCACUUGAAGAUAACUAAGGGUUUGCUGGGAGCAAGUUGGGCCUUUUUAAGAAUGCCACCCUUGCAUCGUCGCCUCCAUUUGCUCAGGUUUAGGGAACCAAAUAUUGUACUAGGUGCAUAUCUGAUUUCAUUUGUAUUGGCUUUACUUGGCGGUUACGUGGGUCUAAUUUCAGCGUAA